AUGUUGGACCUCAAGACUUGCGAUACAUUAUAUUACUAUUCGCUGCUAUCAAGAAUGUUUUUUUAUUCACCUCGAAACAGUCUAGAAGGUCAUAUCGCACUACUCGAGUCUUUAAAGUGCAGAAUCCUUUUAGGUCCGGAAACAUUACCAUCUAUAACUCAAAAUCUUCUCUCGAAAAGACAGAUGCGUACAUUAAAAAUACAAAAUCUCCAGGAAAUACUUUCGGAUAAUUCCGUACCAUCAUACCCAUACACCAAAACCUUCGACCAAGCAAGAUAUGAACCUUUCGUUGUCCUCCAUACCUCCGGUUCAACCGGUACCCAAAAACACACCACAUUGACCCAUGGUGCCAUAUCACAACACGACACUUUCCUCAUCCCACCACCACCCGGUCAUCAACCUAUCGCUCUCUCCCUCUACCAAAAUACCAGAGCAUUUAUCGGACUAGGUCUUUUCCAUCGAGGAAUUGUAUGGAGAGGAAUUGGAUGA